AUGACAUGCCAAGAUGGUUCAAGAUGGUGCAAUCUGAUUAUACAUUCGUCACAUGCAGCACGUCAGAAGCAUAUAAGAAGCCUGCCACUGCGAACCAAGGAGUUGCUUACCUGCCGCACUAACAUGUCCAACACAGACGUCAAUACACGGACCCUCGACCAUAUUGUCCAUCUUUCCCCUCCAGGCAAGCUCGAGGAGACGGCUCAACUCUUCCGCGGUUUCGGAUUUACCGUUCUAAAAGGCGGCGUGCAUAUAGAUGGCCUGACCGAGAACAACCUCGUCACGUUUCAAGAUGGGACCUACGUCGAACUCAUCGCAUUCACCCAUCCAGUUUCGUACUAUCCUCCAGGCUCUCCUGAGCACAUUGCACGCGAGAGCCAUCCCUGGGCAUCCAAGCAUCCGGGAUGGAUCGACUAUGCUUUUCUCGGAAACGGCCUCCUCUCGCCACUUUCCAGCCGCAUUUCGACAAUCAUCAACGCGCGCGGUGAGUCUGAGGGAAGUGGAGUUCACUACACCGAUGAGGAACCGGGCGGUCGAACACGGCCUGACGGCGUCGCUCUCAAAUGGCUUAUUACCGCUCCUGAAAUCGAGAAACACCCAAGGCGGGGUGUACUCCCAUUUUUCUGCGGAGACGUCACGCCGCGCAACUUGAGGGUUUCCGAAGACCCAGAGGCCGUCAAACAUGCCAACUGCGCUCUCGGGGUCUCCUAUCUGCGAGUCCUCGUCCAUGAAUCUUCGCGAAAUUUGCAGGAAGGUUACAUAACCUCUGUCUCUGGUAGCAAGGCCGUCGACGGCACCGAAUACGAGACAACGUGGGCCUUGGUUACCCCAAAGGAGGAUUCUGGAGCUACCGAUCCCAAGUAUCAGGUUGUCGUCCCUAGCAGCCCAGGGGAUGACGAUCAUCUGGAGAGGUUCGGUGAAGGCAUUUUGGUGGUUGGGUUUAAGCAGAUUGGUAGGGCAGAUCCGGACAAUGAAGUGACAACACCAUAUGCGAGAAUUGCUUGGACGAGUGGGUGA